GCUGGGGAUGGUUUGAGUCAUUGUGGUCAUGCAUUAAUCCGCAAAAGGAUAUGUGACUUGUUGUCUCGUUGGGACGUUAGAGCUUGACCAUAUGGCCCACCGGCAACGCUAGGCCGCCUUCUUGACAUCUUCAACCAAGGAGAUACAUGUAAAUCAGUUUUAUGUACAUGCACCGUAUCUCCUCAUUCUUUUACAGGUUGCUCAUUGCCAAUGGACUGAUACCACCAGAGUAAAGACUAGACCGUUAGCCUCUACCCGGCGUUUGGAAGACACCCAACUUUAUCUGUCGAACCGACAUCGGUCCAGAAUGCGGCUGGGAAUCAAACGAGACCUGAAGCGUCUCGUGUUUCUUCUGAUACUCGGGGCUGCAGCCUCAGUUUCCUUCAUCGCCCUGUCGCCCGCGGUGAAGAGACGGCAUGAUGAACCCGAUCUGGAUGAUAAUGAUGUGAUCAGAAAGGAGAGACACCAAUCGCUGAACGACCCUCAAUCUGACCACGCCCUCGUCUUAACUGGCAUCGCAAGCCAGCAGAAGUUUUCCGCGAAAAAUGAGAGCGAGGUUGAAUUGAAUGUAAGCUCAAGCGUAGACCGUGACCAUGCUGUACAGAAACCUCGUACGCCUGUUGGGCCCAAGUCUCGCGCAAUCCCGCAUCGUCCACCGCAACCGCGAGAACAGAAGCAAUGGGACUAUCUGCAGGCGAGACCCGACGUCGCCAAACCACGCGUUUACUCGAGGAACGAGACCGCGGCUGUCCAAACACAGCGCCAGGCGCACAUGGCACAAGUCUGCCGCGACGUCUUCAAAAUCCCACCGCUGGACCUGGGCAGUCCAUGGGAGCCGAAAACGUACAAACGGAUCCUCGGCAACACCUACGUGAAUGACGACUUCAAUUUGACGGUGACGAUUAUCCGUAAGGUCGGUUCGUCCAACUGGAGGCGAUUCAUGACCAGUUUGUUCGACAUCAGCAGCAAGGGGUUCAAGGGGAGAUGGACAGCGCUGAAGCCGCUCGGGCAGCGCACCGCCGACGGCAUCAGGCGGGAACUACAGCGCAACACGAAGGUCCUGUUCGUCCGCAACCCCUUGGUGCGUCUCCUGUCGGGCUUCCGGGAUAAGUUCGUCAAACUGCCCACCGCCUUCAACAUCCAGACCGCAAACACCAUCAUACGCAAAAUCCGGGGCCGGAAGGCCAAGAACCCGGCCAUUCCGGACCCGACUUUCACGGAGUUCCUGAGGUACCUCCUCGGAAAGAACGGCCUGAUUGGGGACGAGCAUUUCGCCCCGAUCUUCAAGUUGUCCAAACCCUGCAUGGUGCGCUACGACUUCAUCGGUAAACUGGAGACUCUGCCCAGUGACACGGACUACCUCAUCGAUAAGCUCGGCGUCAAAGGUCGUGUGGAGUAUGGCUAUCCAAAGCCGUAUAGUGGGAGCUCUAACACGACUCGUCUGGUGGAGUACUUCUCGCGGGUAUCGCCUGAGCUUAUUCAGAAAGUCUGUGAAGUCUACAAGGACGACUUUGUUGCCUUUAGUUACCCCAUGCCCAGUGAUUUCUCUGACUUAAAGACCUACAUGGAGAAAAUAACCUAAUUGUUUUUUCCAAUUAUAACUUAUUACGUUUGUUGUCGACGACAAAUAUAAUGUUGAAGAACAAUUUACUGCUGUGUCUUAGUUUCAGAGCGAUCUCUUUGACUCGACUUCUUGUAUAUUGGUCUUUAAGCUUAUAGUUUCAACAUUGCCAUUCGACAGCUGUGAUGGAAACGUGAUCUAUCAUGAGCAUACUUAUGAUUGAAUGAAACAAAUACCAAAGUAUUGAAUAAAACAAAUAUCUUAAAGUAUUUGUUUUAUUCAAAGUCAUUGAUAUUGAUCUGUAUUUGAGUAUUUAUCCAUGUUUUUAUUUAAAAGCAAAAUUAAUGCCUAUCUUUUAGCCGGUUGAGUAGACUAUAGUUAUAGGCCUUUAUCGUGCUGCCACCUUUUCGGUCAUGUUCCCUGUAUCCAAUAACAGUACUGAAUGAGUAAUAUUUUUUUGCGCAACUAGAAAGGAACCAGACCAUUUUUUUCCUUCCAGCCUCGCUUUGGUUACGUUGAUUUGAAAAAUCAAGGUGGCUUCAACAUGACAAUGGUCUAUUGAAAAGUGUGCGUACCAAAAUGAUAUGUAGCUAUAGUUUCCGAUUUCAGAAUGGUUAGAAAUAAACUGAUUUUUAACCAUUUGUAGUUUUAGUAUUGCUAACUAUUGUUUCAACUAUUUAUUGUUUAUUCUUAAUUGGGCACUUUCUUCCUGCAUUGUUAAGCACUAAAAUAAAAAGAAACAUAGAGAAAUCGGGCUCUCUGGUUAAUAGUUGUUUACUUGUUGCUGUUGUUUUUUACUCGUGUUUUUUCUAGUACCUGUGAGCGCUAAGUCCCCAUUAAAAGAUGUUAACUUAA